ACCAACCAACUAUUAGAAGAAAUAUCAUUAUUUCUGUCUUCACAAGUCUCCUUCAAACUUCAUCACCAUUUUCUCACCGGAAUUUUGACCCCUGCUUCUUUCUCUCUCUACAAACUCCGGCGGAGCCAAGAUGAUGCACAUGACGUUCUACUGGAGCAAGCAGGUGACGCUCCUGUUCGACUCGUGGAGCACCACCACGUGGCUCGGCUACGCCCUCACGCUCCUCGCCUGCCUCAUCGUCCCGGCGUUCUACCAGUACCUCGAGGGCCUGCGCGUGCGCCUCAGGCUUGCGUCUUCGGCGGGGAAGGCGGCGGCGGCGGGGUCCGAUCCGAUCGAGACUCCGCUCCUGCGAGCCAAGCUCGCCGGAGGAGGGAAGUUCUCUGUGGUUAAGUUGGCCGGAGCCGUGAUCUUCGCCGUGAAUUCUGCGAUCGGGUACAUGCUGAUGUUGGCGGUGAUGUCGUACAACGGCGGCGUUUUCGUGGCGAUCGUUUUGGGGUUGGCGAUUGGGUAUUUGUUUUUCAGGAGUGGAGAUGAGGAAGUUUCGGCUGCGGUUGAAAAUCCCUGUGCUUGUGCUUAGAUUAUAUUUACAUAUUUUUAGAUCGAAAUCGAAGAUUUGCAAUUGCAAUUUCUCUUGUUUUAUGAAUCUGAAUUACUACUGUGCUUCCCCUUUUGGGUUUCUGUAAAAAUUGUGGAAUUAUAUGCGUGAUUGGUAAGCA